AUGAAGUUUUUCGCAACGCUUAUCCGUAAGUAUACAGAGACUCGGGACGAAUUCCUCACUAACCCAGACACAGCUCGGCAGUGGCAGCAGAGAAUGGGUCGCUCUGUACUCGCAAUGCUGCCCCCGUGCAACUUUCUCACGUUGCAUUAUGCAUAUUUCAUUGUCACCGGCCUCGUGGCCAGCAUCAUCUUCUAUCUAACCUCAACCCCAUGGCGCAGCGUGGCAUACAUUGACUCGCUAUUCAUGUGCGUCAGCGCUAUGACGGGCGCGGGGCUGAACACGGUGGACUUGUCAACCCUGAACAAUUUCCAGCAAGCAAUUUUAUUCAUGAUGCUGAUCAUGGGCCAUGCCGUGUUGAUCUCCCUGACGGUAUUGCUGGUCCGAAAGCAAGCCUUCGAGGCAAAGUUCAAGGGUGUCUCCGAUGAGCGCAAGCAAGCAGCUUCUCGCGGCCAAUCGGUCAUCGAAUUACAGGGAGAUCGAGAUGCGGUCCCCGGCAGCACGGGAAUUGAUCUCGAACUCGAGCAGGGCUGUAAGCCACGAUCCAAAGCUGCGGUCGUGGUUCAAGAGGCCUCGGGGAGCUCAACGCCCCGGGAAGACCGAUGGGUGGACGAUGAUCAGAUCACGGUGGGAGACGCGACCCGCCAUCAUCAUCACCGUGUCUUUCCCAUGGCUGGCAUUGGUGCCAGGCCAGAUCUCAACAAUCAUCCUCGAGAUGCAGUGCCCAAUGUGCUGCUCGAGGACAAGGACUCGGUGUCUGGUUUCAAGGGCAUUCUGCGUGGCACCCAAAAAUUCACCAAGGGUCUCGUGUCCCGCAACUCUCAGUUCCAUGAUCUCACACCUGCCGAGCGCGACGAGUUAGGCGGAGUGGAGUACAAGGCUAUCUCGUUCUUGUCGGUGGUUGUCUUUCUCUAUUGGGCGCUCUUCCUCCUAUGCGGCAUCGUGGGCAUGGGUGGUUUCCUGGAAGCCAAUCGUCCAGACGUGACACGCUCUAAUGGUCUUUCUCCCUUCUGGACGGGUGCUUUCUUUGCUGUUUCGGCUUUCGUGAACAGUGGCAUGUCGCUGCUGGAUGCUAACAUGACUGCUCUGCAGCUCAAUGCUUAUCCACUGUUGACUAUGGGAUUGCUGAUUCUCGCGGGAAAUACUCUUUACCCAUGUUUCCUUCGGUUCAUCAUCUGGAUCAUGCGGGUCAUGCUUCCAGAUCGGCCAAGGUGGCAGUCAUGGCGCGUCACACUGGACUUUAUUCUAGAACACCCUCGGAGGGUAUACACGAAUCUUUUCCCUGCUCGACACACUUGGUAUCUGCUAGGCACCAUUAUCAUCCUGAACGGCAUUGACUGGGCGGGUUUCGAGCUGCUAUCCAUUGGCAAUAAGGACAUUGAAAGUCUUCCAACAGAGUACCGCGUACUAGACGGACUUUUCCAAGCCCUGGCGGUGCGCGCCGGUGGUUUCUACGUGGUUACAAUCGCCAAUCUUCGCCAGGGCCUCCUGGUUCUUUAUGUGCUCAUGAUGUACGUCUCUGCGUACCCAGUUACAUUGACCAUGCGCAACACGAACAUCUACGAAGAACGCUCGCUAGGCAUUUACGCACACGACGAAUCUUCAGACUCACCGGCAAACACAAGCCGGAGCAAUGUUCUGAUGGACCUCAUCCGUCACCACCUAGGUCGACCAGGCCCCCACGAGACCUCCCGCGGCUACUUCGUGCAUCAGCAGCUUCGCUCUCAACUCAGUCAUGACCUAUGGUGGAUUGCACUGGCUGUGUUAUUCAUCGCGAUCCGCGAGUCAGACCAUUAUGAGAACCAGCCUGUUGCUUUCUCGACCUUCAACAUCAUCUUCGAGGUGGUUUCGGCGUAUGGCUGCGUUGGAGUCAGUCUGGGAUUCCCAGGCAAGAAUUACUCAUUCUGCGGAGCUUGGCAUCUUAUCAGCAAGUUGAUCCUUGUUGCAGUGACCCUGCGUGGACGGCAUCGUGGGUUGCCGGUUGCUAUUGACAAGGCGGUGAUGCUGCCCAGUGAGUCGUUGGCUUGGGCAGAGGAGGAAGAUGCUGCUUUGCGCAGGGACAGGUCUAGGGCUUGGGCUCAAGAGCGUGGACCCGUUGGGUGUGUUUAG